ACGAUCGUGGGACGUGGAUGCAGAGCCACUAAAAAAUACAGCGAGACCUGCUUCUCCGUCACUCGCCUGUUUCUUUGCUUCACCGAACUACGUGGUAUUUCGUUCUCCGCUGUUUUCAAUCAACAACCAUGAUUAGCUACUACUACUCCUCCGUUUCCAGUAACCUGGAGAUCAAGAAACACCAGCAAAAAAUCGAGAUGAUUUUGGACUCCAAGAAGAUUGAGUACAAGAAGAUAGACAUUGCAGCUGAUCCUAAUGCCAAGGACAGAAUGCGUGAGCUGAUGGGUGAUGCCAAGGCACUGCCACCCCAGCUCUUCAACGGUGACACCUACUGUGGUAACUUCGAGGCCUUCGAAGAAGCAUUGGAGUGUGAAAGUCUGUCAGAAUUUCUGAAGCUGUGAGCCGUGCCAGAACUAGUAUUGGACUAUUGUGUAUAAGAAAUGCCCCAUCCAGACAGUUAACAUUAUCUACUACUUUCCUACGUACGCUAUCAGUGUAUGUGUAUGAUGGCAAUGAAGAAGAAAAAUGAUGAUGAUUGUAAUCUUACUACCACAUUAGCCACGAUUUGUAUUCUUUUAGUUUCCUUUCUCCUUUUCUUGAACAAGAAAAACUAGCUGGAGGUAGCGUUUCA